CUUUCUUUCCGUCUGCCCCUGCGUUUGUUCUGAACUUUGCAGAGGAAAUAUACGAAAAGAGAGUGGGCGGGAAAUGCAUAGCAGAAGGGAUGCAGAAGUUCUCAUUGCCCUUCAUAAGUCCUAGCAGUAGCAACAACUUGUUGUCUCUUCCCCUCAGAAACCACACUUCCAAAACCCUACGCUUCAGAACCACCACCUCCAUUGUAAACCAUCUUAUCCCAAUGCCAGCGCCACCGACCAUGGACGCUUUACCCAACCCCAACUCCACUUCCUUCUCGGCCCUCACUGCCUCUCUUUCCACCAAGUCUUUCCCCACCAGCACCACCCUCUCCUCUAUUUUCUUCGCCGCCGCCAAACCCAGAAAUUAUUGUCUUAUUUGCCGCUGCGAAAUCGAUAACAAAACGCACUUCCGGGCCAGGAGCGGAUCCCGGGCGGCCUGGACGCACGCGGGUUCUGAUGUGUCGGGAUCCGAGAAGUUAUCCGAGAGUGCUGAAGGCUUGGAGGCCGAGAAGGAGUCGGAGAAGAAGUCAUCGAGGUUAAGUACUGAUGGCGGUAUUUGGAGGCAUAUGGGCUCGACGGCGUUGAUUAUAGGUAAUCCGGAUUUGUUGACGAUUCCUGGCGUGGGGCCGAGGAAUUUAAUCAAGCUGGUGGAGAAGGGCAUUGGGGGAGUUGCUGAGCUCAAGCAAUUGUACAGGGACAAGUUCUUCGGCAAAUCUAGUCAGAAGAUGGUUGAGUUCCUGCAGAGCUGCGUAGGAAUAAUACAUAGAAACCAUGCCGAGAGUAUAACUAUGUACAUCAAAGAAAGUGUUGAUGAAGAGUUGAAAGAGGACGGUUCAAACUCAGAUGUGAAGCAGGUACAGAAGAAACGAAUUACUUUCUGUGUUGAGGGAAAUAUCAGUGUUGGAAAGACAACUUUCCUUAAGAGAAUAGCUAAUGAAACCCUUGAGCUACGUGAUCUUGUCGAGAUUGUUCCAGAACCCAUUAACAAGUGGCAGGAUGUUGGACCCGACCACUUCAACAUAUUGGAUGCUUUUUAUGCUGAGCCACAAAGGUAUGCUUAUACCUUCCAGAACUAUGUUUUUGUUACGAGGGUUAUGCAAGAGAGAGAGUCAUCUGGUGGUAUCAAGCCCCUCAGAUUGAUGGAAAGGAGUGUUUUCAGUGACAGAAUGGUCUUUGUACGAGCUGUUCAUGAAGCAAAUUGGAUGAAUGAGAUGGAGAUCAGUAUCUAUGACUCGUGGUUUGAUCCAGUGGUAUCAUGCUUGCCUGGGCUUAUUCCUGACGGCUUCAUCUAUCUUAGAGCGAGUCCUGAUACUUGCCACAAGCGAAUGCAGCUUAGAAAAAGAACAGAGGAGGGUGGGGUCUCCCUAGAGUAUCUCCACGACUUGCAUGAAAAACAUGAGAGCUGGCUUUUUCCAUUCCAAAGUGGAAAUCAUGGUGUACUAUCUGUCAGUAAGCUACCCUUGCAUAUGGACAGCACUUUACAUCCUGAUAUAAGGGACCGUGUGUUCUAUUUGGAGGGUGAUCAUAUGCACUCAAGUAUCCAGAAGGUUCCUGCUUUGAUUCUUGACUGUGAACCCAACAUUGAUUUCAGCAGAGACAUUGAAGCAAAGAGACAGUAUGCACGCCAGGUCGCGGAGUUUUUUGAAUUUGUGAAGAAAAAGAAAGAAGUCCCAUUUAUGGAAGCUGGUGAAGGUGACACUAGUUGCCAGCCACAGGUGAUGCUGCCCCGUAAUGGUGAGCUAUGGGUACCCGCUGGGAAGCAUUUCCCAGAGUCAGCCCUCAAGUCUUUGGAUUUCAGACGAGCCAUGUCAUUCAUGUCAGGCUAGCAACACUUUCCACUGGUCCUUUUUUGGUUAAACCCAGAAGUAUGUCAGAGGUAUACGUUUUCUGAUCACUUCUGCAUGAUGUGUUUUAGGUCCUUUGUUUAUGUGAAAAUGGUUUUAACCCUUAACCCCUUAGAGAUGUAGAUAAAUUAAUGUGGUUGUGGAAUUCUUUGGUACUCUGUUGUCGAUUUGUUGAAGCUUUACUUAUUUGAAAGAAGACAGCGUUGCCGGUGACUGGUUAUUGAUGUAAUGUGAUUCGGAAGAAACAGAGCGAUUUCUUCCAUUGUAAUGUCCA